CUCAUAUAUUAUAGACUUGAAGAGGUUUUGCAGAAAAGGAAAAAAAAAUAAAUGCAUUUCAUCAACAAUGUGUGUGUGUUCUCAAAGUACCUAUGUUUCGUUUUAUUACUACUUUCCAUCACUAGUCUGGCUCAGGCCGAGGACCAUUAUUAUGACUUUGUUCUGAAGGAGACAAAUUUUACAAGACUUUGCAGUACAAAGAGCAUGUUGACCGUUAAUGAUAGUUUUCCUGGGCCGGUUAUUCAAGUACACAAAGGAGAUACUGCUUUUGUGAAUGUUCAUAAUCAUGGCAAUUAUGGUGUCACACUUCACUGGCAUGGAGUGAAGCAACCAAGGAAUCCAUGGUCGGAUGGUCCACUUUACAUCACACAGUGUUCGAUUGAGGCGGGCACAAAUUUCACCUACAAGGUCAUAUUUUCUACGGAGGAAGGAACCCUAUGGUGGCAUGCCCAUAGUGAGUGGACUCAAAGUAGUGUGCAUGGUGCCAUCAUCAUCUUGCCUGCCGAGGGAACCACUUAUCCAUUUCCCAAACCUGAUGCAGAAGAGGUCAUAGUACUCGCUUCUUGGUACAAUGGAGAUGUGAAUGAAGAGCUUCAUGAGGAUCUCCUUGUCGGUGCAGACUUACCACGAGCAGAUGCAUAUGUCAUUAACGGCCAACCAGGAACAUUUUUUGAUUGCCCUAGUGCAGAAACAACAUAUCAUAUGCUUGUUGAUUAUGGCAAGACGUAUCUUCUCCGCAUUAUCAAUGCAGCAGUGAACUCGGAACUCUUUUUCGCCGUUGCUGAUCACAAUGUCACUGUUGUUGGAAUGGACGGGAGCUACCUGAAACCUGUGAACACCCCAUUCGUGGUAAUAUCACCUGGACAAACCAUGAAUGUUCUACUGACAGCAAAUAGACCUCUUGGUCACUAUUACAUGGCCGCUAGACAAUAUGUCACUGUUGGCAAAGCUGAUAUAGAAAAUGCUACCGCGGCCAUUAUAGAGUAUAGAGGCAGCUAUACUCCCCCAUCUCAACCUCUCUUCCCAUCCAACCUUCCUUCCCAUAGAAGCAUUGUGAUCGCAAACGAAUUCUUGUCACGCCUAAGAAGCUUGGCCAGCGAAGAACAUCCAAUAAAUGUACCAUUAAACAUAACUACCCAUAUGUUUGUAGAUGUUUCUCAGAAAGAGAUUGCUUGUCCAAAUGCUUCAUGUCAAUCAUUUGAUGGAAAUCGGCUUAGUUCAGCAUUCAAUAACGUAACAUUUCACAAUCCGUCUAUAGAUAUACUGCUUGCCUACUACAGGAAUAUUAGUGGGAUCUACACUGCAGAUUUUCCGAACCAGCCACUUGUAUUUUACAAUUUUACAGGGACAGAUUUGGAUGCCUAUAAAACACCAACCAUAGGGACGAAGGUGAAGGUGUUAAAUUACAAUGAAACAGUGGAGAUAGUGUUCCAAGGGACGGAUGUGAUGCUGGGAUCAGUGAAUCACCCAAUGCAUUUGCACGGCUAUAGCUUUUACGUAGUUGGAUCAGGAGUUGGGAAUUUCAACAAUCAGACCCAUCCAAAUACAUACAAUCUUGUUGAUCCACCUGAAUUGAAUACAAUUCGAGUUCCUAAAAGGGGAUGGGUCACUGUCAGGUUCCAAGCAAAUAAUCCAGGUGUAUGGCUAUGGCACUGUCAUUUGACUAAACAUCUGACCUGGGGCAUGAAAACUGCAUUUAUAGUGAAAAAUGGUGGAACUUCUGAGACAAGCAUGCUCGAUCCCCCUACUUCCAUGCCUCAAUGCAGUGAAUUGUUCAUUAGUUAUAUUGAAGAAUUGAAGGAUUCAGUUGGAAUGCUCACAAAUCAAGUAUAAAUUUACCAGGCUUUGCUUGGAUGAUGUUUGCAUAAAUUAAUGAAUUCUGUUAGGAACCUACUACUGUUAAGUCUAUUUUAGGAAUAUUGUUUCUUUCCAAUAAUUAUUUGCUAUGUUAGAAAGUCUGCUAUUUAUAUUUUUCAUAUAUAUAUGAUGCUCAUGUAAUGGAAUUAGGGUUAUUAUGAAUAAAAACUUAAUAUUUUCCCAA